AUGAAAGAUUCUCAGCGUGAAUCAUCUGUAGCUUUGUUCUCAAACAAAAAGCUAGUAUCAGAUUCAGACACUGAAAGCAAUUCAGAUACUGAUUCCUCUAAAACUUACACUGAUGAUCUUGAAAAAGUUGUGGCUAGUGCAACUUUGAUUGUAAAUACUUUUGAGAAAUCUGGUCGAAACUUCUCAAAGUUUCAGAAGAAGAUGGGAGGAAAGUUUUCAAAAGGAUCAGAUGCUAACAAAAAGCAUGGCGUUGAUAAGAAAGGGAAGGCUCAGUGUUUUAACUGUGGGAACACUGAUCAUUUGGCAAAGGAAUGUAAACCAAAAAACAAAGCUCGGAUGAAUACUGGAAGCAGAAAGCUUCUCUCUUGCCCAUUUGACGAAGUUCCUCUUGCUGGAGAUGAAGCUGAUAUUUCUGAUUCUAUCGUUCCAGUUCCAUGUGCCUUGAAUCAAGAUACUGCAGCCAGAUCAUCGAAUGAUUCGUCAGGUGCUGAUGAAACCCUUGAAGCUGAAGAUUCUCCUGCAACUGAUAACUUGUCAGUGUCAAACUCUCCGGAAUCAGCAUCAGUUUCUGAACAUCGAUAUCAUCCUGUUGAUCAAAUUAUUGGGAAUAUUCAUGAUGCUGAUGUACAUUGUGCUGAUGAUGACAUGCUGGUGAUAUUUUCAUACUAA